AUGGAAAUGCUUUACAUGGAGAAGAGGCUGCCACCGAACCUGGGUGACUUUAGCACCAUGGUGCUCACAUACGCUAUCAUCAGGCGUACCAAGGAAGCUAUUUACCACAACCAGAUCAGGCUCAAUUCAUGGACGCCGACAGCCGACGUCCAGAAGUGCGGUCCUGGCGAUACUGUCGAGGAGACUUGGCCCCCUUCGCUGCCUAUCCUAUCAAGAUGGCGGAACAGCGCCUGCGACUCUCUCGACCUCCUUCACUGGAACGCUAACGCCAUCAUCGCCAAAGCCGGUGGAUGGGAGCAUCCCACACUAGCUGCUGCCGCCUCGGCGCGAGCAUCCUCCCGCAACGUCGACAACUCCAAAGUCGAAAAGGCGAGAUCUCUCGUCGCCCAGUGGGCUCUGCGUGAUCAGUACAAAGCCAGACUAUCGGUCGUCCAUGCCGGGGCGAUGCUUUGGCACAUCCGUCGUUACAGUGUGGGCAACUUUCUCGAACCCUUUGGCAUAUUCGCUGCAACAUUGGUGGUUUGGGCGUACAGCACAAUGAUGCUGUUCAUGAGGCGUCACCAGAACCCGAGCUCUCACUUGGCCAGUGACGGCCCUGGCCAGCAAGAUAGCCCGAUGGAGGCAGUGGCAGAAGUUGAAGAGGACCCGGAGCCCAGCUUCCUCCACCUCGACCGGCCAUGUGACGACGAGAUGGUGCAGACUUAUGUGAGGCUAGGCCAUAAGAUGGCGGGCCACAUGGCCAAGGUGGGUGAUAUCUGCAACGAUGGGGCCCCUCGGAAGAUUCUCAAAGAAGGGAUACAGAUGCUCAAGGGGAGACCGGAGCAGAACGGAGACGCAGCAAGUAGCGUCGGGAGCGGAGGUAUGAGCGAGAACGGCAGGCGAUACUCGGUCUGGGGAGUGGAACGAACAUACGCCGAUCUCCUGGACUCGCUCGUUCAGUCCACCUCGGACUAG